CUACUAUUAGUUACCCUAGCAGCCCUAGCACCUGGACCUAGUCGUAGGUAGUUUUAUUUGUUCUAUUCACCGUUGGCCCUGGGUCGAUUUCCAGUUCCUAGUCUUACACCUCUUCUUUUACCCACACCUGUUUCGAUCCCCAUUUUUAUCCCAUUUGAAACCAAAUCAUUGGUUCGAGACGAAAGGAUCUUGAUUCAGUCUGACCUGACUGGACCUGACUAGACCUGACUACGAAGUACCAUCCACACCCUUCAUACCUCAUUCUUUUGUUCCUUUUUUGCUUGCGUGUUCGCCAUUACUUUUUUACCCUUUCUCUUGCUCCUGUCCCAAUCUAGAACAAGAACAUCUUUUUUUCCUCAUCCCAUUUUUUGUCCGUUUGUAUCAUCGUCUCUCUCAUCCCUCAUCACCCGACACUCACUCAUUAUCUUUUCACCGACACAUUCGUUAGUUUUGAUUUCGGUGUUUAUGUGAAUUUUCCCAAGACGAUUUCUAGAUAUAUUUCUCGCGUCUUGUUUUCACAGAAAUCUUUCGCUUCAUCUUCCGAUUCCAUCUCAACUUAUCUCAUAACAUUGUAUCGGUUGUCAUAAUGUGGUCGACUUCGGCUUUGCCGUCCCUUGCCCUGGGACUGGCCUCUUUGUCCGGUGCGCUCGCGGCAAGCUACGAUGAUAUCCCAGCGAUCAAGGCCGUUGGCCAGCAUUUUUUCUACUCCAACAACGGCUCUCAAUUCUACCUAAAGGGUGUUGCCUACCAAGAGAACUACAACCCCAAUGGAACGUCUAGCAGUAACACUCAGUACACCGAUCCCCUAGCGGAUGCGUCCAAGUGUUCGCGCGACAUCCCUUACAUGAAGCAGAUCUUCACCAAUGUCAUUCGGGUCUACGCCAUCGACCCUACCCAGAACCACGAUGAGUGCAUGGAGCAGUUGGCUUCUAACGACAUCUAUGUCUUCGCCGAUCUUAGUGAACCCGGUACUUCAAUCGACAGCAACAACCCUGAGUGGAAUGUUGGACUCUACACUCGUUACACCGCCGUUGUUGAUUCUCUCCAGAAGUACAAGAACGUCAUUGGCUUCUUUGCUGGCAACGAAGUCGUGAGCGCUCAGAACCAGACUGCCGCCGCCGCUUUUGUCAAGGCUGCCGUCCGUGACACCAAGAGCUAUGUCAAGAGCAUGAACUACCGUAGUACCCUAGGUGUCGGUUACGCUACCGCCGAUGUUCCCAGCCGAGACGAACUUGCCCAUUACUUCGCCUGUGAGCCUAUUGACGGUGCUAGUACCUCGAUUGAUUUCUGGGGAUACAAUGUCUACUCAUGGUGCGGAGAUAGCAACUACGUAACCUCUUCAUACGGCGAGCGUGUCACGUUCUUCCAGGAUUACCCCGUCCCUGUGUUCUUUGCCGAGUAUGGUUGUAUCGAGGGUGUAGACGGUGGCGCCACUCACAGACCGUUCACUGAGGUUGCUGUUCUUUACGGUAACAUGACCUCUGUCUUCUCUGGCGGUAUCGUAUACGAGUGGUUCUACUCCGAGAACCAUUACGGUCUGGUUGAGGUUAGCGGCAGCAGCGUCUCUCCUUACCCCGAUUUCACCUCGCUCUCAUCGCAGUUGGCGAAGGUCACCCCGUCUAUUACCCAAUCGAGCAACUACAAGCCCUCGAACUCCGCUCCGGCCUGCCCUACCGUUGGUGGCACCACCUGGGCUGCCAAGGCCUCGCCUCUGCCUCCGGUCGUGAACCCUCAACUCUGCUCGUGCGAGGUUGCUGCCCUGACCUGCAAUGUCAAUUCUGAUGAUGAGGACUCGUACGCCGCCGUUUUCAACUACAUCUGCGGUGCCGGAGAUUACUGUGGGGGAAUUGCACACAACGCCACUUCUGGUACCUAUGGUGCUAUCGGAGGGUGCUCUCCCAAGCAGCAGCUCGCCUUUGUUGCCAACCAGUACUAUGAGGGUAACGGAAAGUCUGCCAGUGCUUGCGACUUUUCAGGAUUGGCCAAGACCCAGAGCCCGACUACCUCAACUGGCUGCGCCGCUUUGAUCUCGGCUGCUGGUACUAAGGGAGAGGGAACCGUCGUCAGCCCCACUGGACAGCAGGGCACCGCAGCGGCUAGCAGCUCGUCCAAGGGCGCUGCUGCUGGUACCAUGGGUGCUCCCGCCUUCUUUAACUACGGAAGUGCUUUCCUCGUCGCCUACAUUGUUACCGCAUUUAUUUCGGGUGUGGGUAUGUUUGUCCUAUAAGGAAAGGCUAUGUUGGUGGAAACCUUGGCAAUAUCAAAAGGGGUUGGUAAUGAGUUUGCAUGUGGAAUAGAUCUUGCGUUUCUUUUACACACGUGGCAUGGAAUAUGAGGCGAUCAUGGUCUACUUCGAGUCAGGG